UAUAACACUUAUAACACAAGUAAAAAGAAGACGAAUAAAAAUGAAGCAGUGGCAACUAAUAUAUUUUUUGUUGAUAACUUCCUAUUUGGUAUUUAAUGAAGGGAUUGUAAAUAGAUAUUCGCAAGACAAAAAAAUUUGUCCAUUUGAAAAAGGUACGACGAGCAAAGCUGCUACAAUUGGUGACUUAGAAACAUUAAAAUUAGCUUACGACAGUGGAUGUGACUGGGAUGAAAAUACAACAGAGAAAGCUGCUGCAAAUGGUCAUCUAGAAUGUUUAAAAUACGUAUAUGAAAAUGGAGGUAAAUGGGAUCAAAAAACCACAAAAGCUGCUGCUGCUAAUGGACAUUUAGAAUGCUUAAUGUACGCUCAUGAUAAUGGAUGUCAGUGGAAUGUAUGGACAGCAGAAGCAGCUGCAAAAUACGGUAAUUUAGAAAAUUUAAAAUAUGUUCAUGAAAAUGGAUGUAAGUGGGAUCAAAAAACUACAGCAGCAGCUGCACAAAAUGGUUGUUUAGAAUGUUUAAAAUAUGCUCACGAAAACACAUGUAAAUGGGAUAAGAACACUACAAAGGAAGCCGCUGCAAAUGGGCAUAUAGAAUGCUUAAUAUAUGCUCGUGAACAUGGUUGCGCAUGGGAUGAAGAAACGACUAGAGUUGCUGCUGAAGGCGGUCAUUUUGAAUGCUUACAAUACGCUCAUAAAAAUGGAUGUCCGUGGGAUGUGGGAAAAACAGAAGCAGCUACACGAAAUGGCUAUUUAGAAUGUUUAAAAUACGCACACGAAAAUGGUUGCCGCUGGAAUGAAACAACAACAGCAGCAGCUGCACAAAAUGGCUAUUUAGAAUAUUUAAAAUAUGCACACGAAAAUGGUUGCCACUGGAAUGAAACAACAACUGCAGCAGCUGCACAAAAUGGCUGUUUGGAAUGUUUAAAAUAUGCUCACGAAAACACAUGUAAAUGGGAUAAGAACACUACAAAGGAAGCCGCUGCAAAUGGGCAUAUAGAAUGCUUAAUAUAUGCUCGUGAAAAUGGUUGCGCAUGGGAUGAAGAAACGACAAGAGUUGCUGCUGAAGGCGGUCAUUUUGAAUGCUUACAAUACGCUCAUAAAAAUGGAUGUCCGUGGGAUGUGGGAACAAUAGAAGCAGCUGCAAUGUAUGGUAAUUUAGAACACUUAAAAUACGUUCAUAGAAAUGGAUGUGAAUGGGAUCAAACAACCACAAAAACUGCAGCAGCAAAUGGGCAUUUAGAAUGUUUAAAAUAUGCACAUAAAAAUGGAUGCGAUUGGGACGAAACAACAACAGCAGCAGCUGCACUAAAAGGCAGUUUAGAAUGUUUAAAAUACGCUUACGAAAACGGGUGCAGCUGGGACGAACAAACGACUUUAAAUGCUGCUUAUGGAGGUAAUUUUGAUUGUUUAAAAUACGCACAUGAAAAUCGAUGCAAAAUGCAUAAAAUAAUAACGGAAGUAGCUGCUAAUAAGGGUGAUUUAAAAUUGUUAAAAUUUGCUUAUGAAAAUGGAUGUCCGUGGAAUGAAAAGACUACUGGUGCUGCUGCUUUUACAGGUAAUCUGGAAAUAAUAAAAUACGCUCAUGAAAACGGUUGCGAAUGGGAUAAAAUAACAACAAGGGCUGCUGCUGGAAAUGGACAUUUAGAAUGUUUAAUAUACGCCCAUGAACAUGGCUGUGGAUGGGAUGAAGGAACAUUACUUGUAGCUGCCAAGUACGGUAAAUUAGAUUGUUUCAAAUAUGCCUAUGAACAUGGAUGUGAUUGGAUUGAAGGCACUACGAUUGUUGCUGCUUCAAAUGGACAUCUAGACUGUUUAAUAUAUGCCUUUAAUAAAGGUAAGGGAUGGGAUGAAGGAACAACUAGAGUUGCUGCAGAAGGUGGACAUUUGGAUUGCUUAAAAUAUGCCCAUGAAAAUGGAUGCAAAUGGUGUGAAGGAACAACUAGAGCGGCUGCACAAGGCGGCCAUUUAGACUGCUUAAUAUAUGCCCACAAAAACGGAUGCAAAUGGAGUGAAGGAACAACUAGAGCUGCCGCACAAGGUGGCCAUUUAGACUGUUUAAUAUAUGCUCAUGAAAAUGGAUGUCCAUGGGAUGAAGGAGUAACAGAAAAAGCUGCAAAACAUAGUAAUUUUGGUUGUUUAAAAUAUGCAUAUGAAAACGGAUGCGAAUGGGAUAAAAGAGUAACAAAUGAAGCUGCUCUUAAUGGUGAUUUAAAAGUGUUAAAAUAUGCGCACGAAAACGGAUGUAAAUGGGCUGAACGUACAAUGGUUGCAACUGUCGUGUUUGGUUAUUUAGACUGUUUAAAAUAUGUUCAUGAAAAAGGAUGUAAAUGGGAUAAUGACACAACUAAAUUCGCUGCACAAGGUGGACAUUUAGAUUGUUUAAAAUAUGCUCAUGAAAAUGGAUGUAAAUGGGAUGAAAUGACAACAGCAGCAGCUGCACAUUACGGCAAUUUAGAAUGUUUAAAAUACGCACAUGAAAGUGGAUGUCAUUGGGCUGAAGGUACAACAAUGGAAUCUGUUUUAUACGGUAAUUUAGAAUGCUUAAAAUAUGCUUUUGAAAACGGAUGCAAAUGGGAUGAAGGAACGACUAGAGUUGCUGCAGAAGGCGGACAUUUGGACUGCUUAAAAUAUGCUCAUGAAAAUAAAUGUCCAUGGGAUGUAGAUACAACAAAAGCAGCUGCAGAUUAUAGUAAUUUAGAAUGUUUAAUAUAUGCACAUGAAAAUGGAUGUGAAUGGUAUGAAGCAAUAACGAAACAAGCUGCUCUUAAUGGUGAUUUAAAAAUCUUUAAAUAUGCCCACGAAAAUGGACAUCCAAUGGACGAAGACACAUACAGAAUUGUCGUUUUGAAUGGUAAGCUAGAAAUAUUGAAAUAUGUUCACGAAAACGGAUAUAAAUGGGAUAAAAUAACUACAAGGUUAUUUGCUGCCAACGGCCAUUUAGAAUGUUUAAAAUACGCUCAUAAAAAAGGUUACGAAUGGGACGAAAUGACAAUAGUUUCGGCAGCUGUACAUGGUAAUUUAGAUUGCCUAAAAUUUGCCCGUCAACAUGGAUGCGAUUGGAUCGAAGGUACGACGAGAGGGGCUGCUUCGAAUGGACAUUUAGACUGCCUAAAAUAUGCUCAUGAUAAUGGUUGUGGAUGGGAUGAAGGCAUAACGAGGGAAGCCGUCGCGAGUGGUUCCAUUGACUGUUUGAAAUUUGUUCGUGAAAAUGGUUGUGAAUGGAGUGAAAGUACAAAAGUUACAGCCUUACUACAUCAUAAUUUAGAGUGCAUAAGUUAUGUUUACAUAAAUGGCUGUCCAAAUUAGUUUUUCAUUGUAAUUAUUUUAUAUUUAUUCAUGUUGACUAUUUAUAUUUUAUUUUAAAUAAAUAGACCUAAGUAGGAUAAAAUGGAGAGAGCUGGCCCCCUCGCCUCACCCACUCACCAUCCUUGCGGUAUCAUUAUAUUAUAACGCUCAUAAGAGUCUGUAACUUUAUGGGAACAAAAUUGUGCCGCUGUCUGUGUAUUAUUAAAUUUAUAGCUAUAAUUUCUAAGAAUUUUAUUAUCGACCACCAGACGCUUAGGUAAGCAAAUAUUCAAUAUCAAAGGUAUUACAUUAUUAUAACGCUUAUAAGCGUCUGUAACUUUAUGGGAAAUAAUUGUGACGCUGUCUGUGUAUUAUUAAAUGUAUAGCUAUAAUUUCUAAGAAUUUUAUCAUCGACUACCAGACACUUAGGUAAGCAUAUUUCCAACAUCAAAGGCAUCACCGUACAGUCACGAUCACUCUCAUAUGCAUUUAUUUUUUUACAUAGUAUUUUAUUAUUUAAACUAUCUGCUUUCGAUUUAUGUAAGAAAUAAAUGAAAUAUAAUAACGAUAAGGUACUAAA